AUGAAUAAAUCAAUAGUUCUUUUAGUUUCAAUAUUUUUUAUUAUUAUAUCAAUUCCAUCAAACUUAUCAGUGCUUUUAAAAAGUCCUGUUUAUGAAUGUCUUAAAGGCAUUGUUACCCAAUAUGAAAUUGAUACCUUUUCAAAGGAUGCUUCAGGUUUUUAUAAUUUUUGCAAUGUUGUUCCUUUAAUUGAUUGUGAUGAUAAUGGUUAUCUUAAUGGAACUGUGACCUUAAUUGCAAGUAAUAAAACACAAGGUAUUUUAGACCCAACACAAUUCACAUGCCUUGGUAAUUUCGUAACAUUAGAUUUAACUGGGUUUGAAAUUACAAAAACCUUUUUUCAAGCUAAACUAUCUUGUAUUUCAAUUAUUUAUAGAAAAAUUAUAAUGAAUCUCCUUAUAGAUGAAUCAGUUUUAUUAACACCCAUGCCGCAAUAUCAAUCAAUAGAGAUUAUUGAAACAGAUUUAGGACCAGAUUUAAAAUUAUCAUCUUUACAAGGAUUGACAGCAUUUAAAAUAUCAGGAUCAUCUGUUAAAUUGGAAAAUGAUUUAAUAGGACCAUUAAAUUCAUUGGCUGUAUUAGAAUUAGAAAUUUGUAAUUUUAUAGAUUUUACAAAUUUACCAAAAUUGGUCGAAUUAAAUUUAACAAUAUCUUCAUGUUUUUUAGGUAAUUUUGAUUUAAUAAAUACAAUCACAAGUUUUCAACUUUUUAUAUCAUCUGAAAAUGGAAUUGUAAUACCAUUAUCAGUUGUAUCACAAACUUCACCCAAAUAUUCAUAUAUAACAGUAAAAGGUGAUGUUGAAAGACCAACAAGUGUUAUUGAUUUAAGAUCAAUUAAAAGUCAACAUACAUUAUCAAUAUUUGGAGCACAUUCAUUGAAUAUUGAUGGUAGAUUUCCAUUUAUUUAUCCAUCAAAUGUUGAAGUUAAAUUUUACAAUUGUAAUAUAUCAUCAGUUCAACCAUUUAGUCAAUUUGGUAAGGAAAACCUCUUCAUUUAUAAUUCAAUUGGCCCUGGUCCAUUAGGUGUAUAUAAUUCAACAAAUUAUUUAGUUGAUUUCUCAAAUAAUAAUAUUACAUCAACAAUUGAUCCAAGUUGGUGUGGUACACAAAUUUCUUUAACAAAUAAUCAAAUGGAAGGUGAAAUACCAAGUUGUUUUUCAUGUUAUUUUAAUGCACCAGCAAGUGGAUCAUUUGCAGGAUUCCCAUCAAUGUAUGAUAGAUUCCUUGGUAAUAAUUUUAAAAAUUUAAAUAGAAAUCUAAAAUGUACAACAUUUGCACCAAGAGUUGAUGUUUAUAGUGAUACAAGAGGUAUUUUAAUCUAUGGAAAUGAUAUUGGUUAUGAACCAAGCAAUUGGAAAAUCGAGGCAAGCUCAGGCCAACUGACAAUAGUUUAUGGUAAAAAAUAUUUAAUUUAUACUGUAACACCUAAUAUGUAUGCUAAUAGUGAUCGAAUUGAUAUUGAAUUUUCACAACCAAUUAGUCAAGUUAUAACAUUCCCAACACGAGAUAACUAUACUUUCCCAAUAGUAUUAUCAACAAUAUUUCAAACACCAACAACUUUAUCAAUUAAUGGUGAGUUCUUAUCAAGUUAUAUGGGUUACUCAUAUCAAUCUAUUAAAGUUAAUGGGGUACCAUGUGAUUUUGAUUCAACAAGUUUUGCCCAUGUAAAUUGCACAUUUUCAAACACCAAUGAUUUUGCAAUUGAUUUAAAUGUACUCCAAAUCACAGUUGGUAAUUUAACAAGUAAUUAUUAUAUAAAAAUUCAACCUGGUUUUUUAAAUAAUAUUCAAUGUCCAAAUAAUUGUAAUGAUACAAUUGGAAUUUGUAAUUUGUCAACAGGAGUUUGUGAAGUACCUUAUUAUCAAUGUUUAAAUAAUUGUACAAAUUCUAAUCAAGGUAUAUGUGAUAGUAGUAAUGGUAUUUGUUCUUGUGAAAUUGGUAAAUGGUUUGGUAAUGAUUGUUCAUCAGCCUACCAUUAUAUCUCAUCUUCUGAUUCUACAACUAUAAAUGGUGGUGAAAUUAGUUUAUAUGGAUUUUUUGGUACAAAACAUACUGAUUUAUCAGUUAAAAUCGGUGAUCAACCAUGUUUACCAAUUAUAUUUAAUUCAAGUUCUGUAAUUAAAUGUAAUGCACCAAAAGGUAGUGGUAUUAAAAAUGUAACAAUAACUCAAAAUGAUUAUACCUAUGUUGGUAAUAACAUUUUUAAAUAUAUAAAUCCAACAAUUGAAUGUCCAAAUAAAUGCUCAAAUAAUGGUAAUUGUAAUACCACAACGGGAAUUUGUAAAUGUUUUUCAGGUUUUACUUUAUAUGAUUGUAGUGCUGUAAUUAAUACAAAUGGUGUUGGCAAUGGAAAUGGUAAUAAUAAUAAUAACAAUAACAAUGCAGGUGUUAACACAACAAUUGACACAGGAUCAGGCUCAACAAAUAUUUUAGAUAAUCAAACUAAAUUUCAAAUUUAUUUUAAAUCAUUAAAAGAAAUUGAUUUUAAUAAUAAUGUUGUGAAAGAGUAUCCAUUAUUAAAGAAUUGGUCAUUUAAUAAUACUGAAAGUAAAGAAUCAAAUAUUUAUGAAUUUAAACAAUUCAUUAAUGGUACUUUAAAUGGGUGCAUUGUAAAAACUAUUAUUGAGGAGAUUAAAGAUGAGAAAGGUAAACAAUUUACUUUUGCCAAUACAAGUUUCAUUGUAGAUUCUGGUUCUAUUAAAUUCACAAUUUCAAUUACAAAUUAUACUUAUCAAAGUACUUUAAAUACACUACAAUUGGAUUUAAUAUCAGCAGUUGAUCAAAUUAAUAAAAAUGAAGAUUGUAAUACAAAAAAUACUGAAAUUGAUACAACAAAUAUUAAUGAUCAAUCCACUUUUAGUUAUAUCAAAAUUUCAAAAAAUAAUAAAAUUUUAGCUGGUAGAUUUAUUAAUAAAGUAAUCUCUGAUUCAAGACCAACUUUCUUUUCAACAACUUCAAAAACUGAUUCAAAUUCAAUUAUUAUUACAUUAAAUUUACCACAUUGUAUAAAUGAAUGUGUUGUUGAUCCUGAUUUUUCAGUUUUAGUAGAUAGUGAUUUCAAAAAUCAAUGUGAUGAUAGUAACUCAAAGAAAUGGAUAUUGCCAGUGGCUAUUGUUGUACCAGUAGUAGUUGUAUCAAUUAUUGUUGUCGUAUUAGUUACACUUUAUAAGAAAAGUACAACAAUUAAAGUAAUUUUACAUGCCACUAAAUUAAAAAAAUUUAAUAAAAAUUAA